AUGGUGCAUCCAUUGGCGAGGGAUAAAGACUUUUCUCUAUUGUAUGAUUUUUGUAUAGAUUCUUUCAAUAAAUACAGCGGUCUGGUGAUGAUUAGUAUGUUAACCUGCGUGUUGCUUUUGGUCGUGUACAACUCUGUGACAAUUUUUGGAACGUCAGCGGCACUGAGGGACAGCCAAACAAUUCAAAGCUUUGGGGACAUUAAUGUUCAAAGUAAAAUAGUUACCGGCAAAAGGACGUUUAGAAUACACUGGUAUAAUCCGCCAAGAUAUAUCAAAGAUCAUCGCAAGUACGCAAUGAGUUGUGGAUUUGAAACAUGUAGGUACAGCAAUUGUAAAAUGAGUUAUGAUAGAACUGAUGCAAACAGAAGCCACGCAGUUAUAUUUGAUGGCCGAUUUAUGCCACCAAAUCUAAAUUUUACGCGUCCAGACGGACAAAUUUGGAUUUUUGCGGCUCACGAGGCCCCAAUUCAUUACUAUAAGGGUGGAGAUUGGUGGUAUAAGAAUAAACAAUAUACAUUUAACUGGACAAUGACCUAUAACAAAGACAACACAGACAUAUUUCUACCAUAUGGAGAAAUACUAAAACACAAAAAUGAGAUCAAGAGAAACUUCAAGUCAUUAGCCCUGAGUAAAAAUAAGACACUUUUGAUCAUUACGUCGCGCUGUCAAACCGAUUCGAAAAGGAUGGAGUAUGUGGAAGAACUGAAGAAGUAUGUUGAUGUCGAUGUUUUAGGACGAUGUGGUAAAAAAUGGAAUUGUGGAAUACCCCACAUACAUGACGAUUGCUUUCAAAUUUUGAAUACAUCUUACAAGUUUUAUUUAGCAUUUGAAAAUUCUAUAUGUCAUCAGUAUUUCACGGAAAAAUUUUACGAAAAUUUUAACUAUGAUCUGAUUAUGUUGGUACGUGGCGGUUAUAAGGAGGAGGCAAAAACGUUAUUUCCAUAUAUAGCAACAGCAGAUUUCAAGUCAAUCGAGGAUCUUGGAACCUACCUGAAAAAUCUUAGCGUAGACGAAUAUGCUGAACUGCUGAAACGAAAGAGUCAGUUUUAUUCUCCUAGCUAUUCAAAAGUUUAUCAAAGAGCAUUGUGUGACAUAUGUGAAAGAAUGAAUAAUCAGAACAAAUAUUCAAAAACUAUUGAAAACAUUAAAGAGUGGGCAUUCAGAUCGCAGCCUUGUCUUCAACGGGAAAAUGUAACAGACGUUUGAUUAAAUGGGAUAAUAACCAUGUCUAAAGCCAGUCAUUUAAACGUUCUGAGUUAAACAAAUUCUAAGAUAAACGUAUUGCUGCGGAAAAAGAACCUGCAAGGAGUUAUUGCCCAUUUUGUGGAUAUUGCAUCUGGAAUUUUAUAAGUAAAUCUAAUAUGUCUUAAGGUUAUUAUUUUGGACUAAUCGCAAUAAUAUUUUAAUUUACAGAACUAUAUUUAUAAUUGUGGGUGUGAAUUUUCGAAGCAAAUGGACGCAUUAGAGAUAUGAACAUGAUUAAGGUAGAAGUAUUCGAUUCUUGAGUAAAUGAUUUGGCUGUCAAGUUGUCCCGUGCAUCUGUAUUUCUGCAUCUACAGCCAGUGUUAGAUAUGUUUCUUGUUUAUCACAUUUUAAACAUU